GAGCUGUCUGUCUCUGAGCUGCUGUGGAGAGCCAACAAGGACGUGGUGCACACUGAGGACGAGCCUCUGGUCAUCGAUGACAUCGCUUAUAACUCUGCAGAUGAGAGGAACGCUGAUCAGUGCACGUCUCGUGGUUGUAUGUGGCCCAAAUCUGCAGAUGGAAAAGUCUACGUGCCCUACGUCAUUGACAACCAUUACACGAGUCGGGAGCUGUCAGUCAUAGAGACCGGCCUGCAGUCCUUCACUGGAUUCUCCUGUAUUCGUUUCAUCAAGCGCACCAGUCAGAGCGAUUACCUGAGAAUCCAGUCCCACAACGGCUGUUACUCUUACGUUGGUCGCCUUGGCUCAGCCCAGAUUGUGUCUCUGGACCGUCAGGGCUGCAUCUACCACAACGUCGUCCAGCACGAGCUCCUGCACGCCCUCGGCUUCAACCACGAGCAGUGCCGCUCUGACAGAGACCAGCACAUCCGGGUCCUGUGGGAGAACAUCCAGUCUGGUUUGGCAUACGCUUUUGAUAAACUGGACACUCUGAACCUGAACACACCGUACGACUACAACUCUGUCAUGCAGUACCACAGAUAUGCUUUCUCUGCCAACAACAAGCCCACCAUGGAGCCCAUCCCUAAUCCAAAUGUUCCGUUUGGAACAGCCACUCAGAUGAGUCAGAACGACAUCAACAGGCUGAACAGGCUGUACAAAUGUUAAACAGUGGUGAGAAUCCUGGCAUCACGCUGACUGUUCACAAAUCAGAUUAGUUAUUUCUCAGGAUUCUCUUUUUCUGAAUAAAAGCAGCUGUGAACAAUA